AUGAGCUUCAUCAAGGUGGUUCGCAUGAGUGACGGCGCAGAGCAGACGUUUGAUGGGAACUCGAAUCACAUCGAGCUGGAGGAGGGUGGGGGGGAGGCGGUGCGGGUGUUUGGGAUCACAGCGCUGGUGGGGGAGGUGUAUGUGGUGGAGGUGGUGGGGCCGGAUGGGGAGGAGGAGUGGCAGCCGGAGGAGGUUAAUGUGUACUUUGGGGAUGGCGUGAACAAAGAUUUUGCGGGGGACUGUGGAGGGGCUGUGACGGUGAGGCUCAAGGCUCCUGCUGGAGGGGACACACAGUGGGCCGCCAGGAUGGCUGAUAACGCCGCAUGGCGGCCCUGUACCGGCACCACUCAGCGUGCACCCGCCCUGUUCUCAUACGAGUGUGAAGCGGAGUCAGAGCAGCAGCAGGUGCAGGUGGUGCUGUCAGGCGAUGUGAACUACUACCUCCCUGCUACCGUCUAUAUCUCCCAGGACCCCCCUGCACCCUGCUCCACCCCUUCGCACUGUGGCCUGCUGGCACCGCGAGCAGUGUGGCGCUACAAUCAGGAGGGGGGGGAGCUGCAUCCGCUCUCCCCCGGCGGUCCAGCCUUCUACAACCCGAAUUUCUCGGACUCCUCCUGGCCCUCAGGCCCUGCCCCGCUCGCCUACGUGGGAUUUGACUGGGACAAGGUGGGCACGUUCCUGGCGGAGCCAUCGUGGGACGCGCGCACGACAUACUACUUCCGCACGACCUUCUCUCUCACCAACUCCGCGUGCUUCUCGAGCUUGCUGCUGCAAAUGCCGGUGAACGAUGGUGUGAUUGUCUACAUCAACAACCGUGAGGUGCUGCGCCUCAACAUGCCCCAGGGGGAUGUCACCAAUGCCACCUCCGCGCUGGCGGAUAAAGAGGCGAUCAAUGACAACGAUGAUGGGUUCAUCUACACGGACAAGACAGUGGCUCUGCCAGGGGCGGCAGCAGCGCCGGUGCUGACAGACGGGGUGAACGUGGUGGCAGCAGAGGUGCACCUCAAUCACGACGACGGCUGGGACAUCGCCUGGGCUCUGCGCCUCUCCGGUCUCCCCUCGUACGUGCCACAACACAUGCCUGUGUGCGGAGCAUGGCACGUGUGA